CGGGUCUGUAGCCUCCGGAGACGAGGACAAAGCAGCUGCAAGUCAUACAGGAUUCGCGCAUAUGACGGUUCACAUUGACGCAAGUCUGGGUAAAUACCUGUCUUACUGGAAUAACCAACAUUCAUCUGCUUACGAACACAGGAAAUUGCCCCAAAUAUAUAAAUGCAAGACAUAUAGUGCCUGCUCUGCCGGAACCAAGACUGGUUUCGGAUUCUCCCCAGCUAAUGCCAGAGGCUAUUCGCUUCCUUGAUCGAGCCGACACGUUUUUCAUGUCAUCCCGUAAUGGGACAGUCGACAUGGAUACAAAUAUUCGUGGAGGACCCCCAGGUUUCGUGCGUGUGGUGUCCAACGAGCCGAGUGGAGUUGUCUUUGUCUAUCCUGAAUAUUCUGGCAAUCGAUUAUAUCAGAGCCUGGGCAAUCUUCAGGUGACUCCGCUCGGGGGCUUCGUCUUUCCGGAUUUCGAAACUGGAAAUGCGCUUUUUGCUACAGGGAAAGUAGAGAUUCUGGUCGGUAAGAAUGCGGCCGCCGUGCUGCCAAGAUCCAAUCUCGCUGUGAGAGUGACGGUCACCGCUGCUCGAUAUGUAGAGAAAUCCCUCGCUUUCCGAGGUAUCGCAGGGAGUCUAUCCCCAUACAACCCAAGCGUGCGGUACCUGGCAACCGAAAAAGCCACCCCGGCCAUGAUGGACGGACCAGCCAUCACAGCGACGUUGGUGCGCAAAGAAAUCAUAACCCCGAGGAUCGGACGAUUUCGCUUCCGUAUAUCAGAUCCCAAACAGAUUGGUUCAUGGACGCCUGGUCAAUACGCAACAUUCUCUUUCCAGGAAGAGCUGGAUAUGGGUUAUCGUCACAUGCAAGAUGAUGACCCGUCGAGCCUGAACGACGAUUAUGUCCGGACAUUCACAAUAUCGUCACAUCCAGACAAGGACCUCCCGCCCGAUGAGUUCGAGAUCACAGCUCGCAAGAACGGCAACGUCACCAGCCAUCUUUUCCGAACCAACGAACGAGCCGGACUUGAGGUUCCUCUGAAGGGUUUUGGCGGGGACUUCGUGAUCAACUCUCACGGCGGACAGGACCUGAUUCCUUUCAUCGCCGGCGGAAUCGGAAUAACGCCCGUCCUUGCACAGCUUCCAGGCCUUGACAUCAGUCGCUUGCAUCUCUCCUGGUCCAUGCAUGUCGAUGACAUCGGGCUGGUUGUGGAUACAUUCCACCGCUUUCCUGAACUACCUCAAUCCACGAGACUUUUUCUCACUGGACCAGAUCCCCAGGAUGAUAAGGUAGUCCAACAUCUGAAAGCAAUCAUGGCGACGGCAGCGCGAGUCGAGCGUCGCAGAAUUGAUGCUGCGGACUUGGACCUGUCACUGGCUGAUGUGUGGUACUUCUGUGGCAGUCCUGUUCUGAUGAUGAAGCAUUCAAGUAUACUGCUGGCGCAUAGGAGUUAGUUAUUCCAGGGACAGUCAUUAGCGGUGCGUUUAGG